AUGAAUACCCGCCAAAAUAUCGAUGAGACCGUGGGGCCCUAUUCGCUAUCGGCUACCUUCAACAGCGAUAGCAGCUGCUUCUCGGUUGGCUUGGAAUCUGGAUUCUGUGUGUUCAAUGCCAGCCCGUGUGAGCUCAAGGUCUCAAGAGACUUCAAUGCUGGCAUCAGUGUAGUAGAAAUGCUCGGUCAGUCGAACUACCUUGCCAUCGUCGGUGGAGGUCGGAACCCGAAGUUCCCCCAGAACAAGCUAGUUAUAUGGGACGAUGCCAAACAAAAAGCCGCCAUUACACUCGAAUUCCGUACAUCCGUUCUCGGGGUGCGCCUCUCUAGAUCCAGAAUCGUCGUCGCAUUAUUGAACAGCAUCCAUGUGUUUGCCUUUUCGACUCCCCCAAAGAAACUUUCUGUCUAUGAGACUUCGGAUAACCCGCUGGGAUUGGCAUGUUUGGGUCCCAAACUGAUCGCUUUCCCGGGUCGGUCGCCAGGACAGGUGCAGCUAGUAGAGAUAGAGACCGGGAACAUCACUAUCAUCCCAGCCCAUAGUUCACCUUUACGAUCCAUGGCUUUAAGCCCCGACGGAGAAGUCUUGGCAACUGCAAGCGAGGCUGGCACGCUAAUUCGGGUAUUCUCUACUUCAAACUGCACAAAAUUGGCGGAGCUGCGCCGGGGUGUAGACCAUGCUGCGAUAUUUUCUCUCUCAUUCUCUCCGUCUAAUACUCUACUUGCGGUAACAUCCGAUAAAUCAACAUUACAUGUUUUCGAUGUACCUCACCCGCGUGUCGCUCGCCGCAGUCAGUCUCCAGCAGUUGUGGCAGAUGAAGGAUCAAAUCUGAAGUGGGGUAUCUUGGGCAAACUACCAUUGCUUCCACGAGUAUUUUCGGAUGUGUACUCGUUCGCCAGCGCCCAUUUUGAGAUAGGCGAUGAAAAGAUACCAGGAUCCCCCACUCCGCAGCCUCUGGGAUCACUUGGCCGGCCAGCCAAGGGUGUUAUCGGAUGGAUCGAUGAUCAGACCAUAUUGGUGAUUGGGUCUGGCAGAGAAGGGCGCUGGGAGAAGUUCAUCCUUCGUGAUGGCGACGAUGGAAAGAGGUAUUGCAUGCGAAAUGGUUGGAAACGAUACCUCGGCAGUUGA